AUGGGUUCUCUUCCUUUUACUCUCAAAAACCCGUCUCUGUUCCAAACUAAAGCAUAUAGCCACGGAGAGUGGAUUGAUGCUGCCUCGGGUGAAAUUUUUGAUGUAGAAGAUCCUGGCACUGGCAAAACAUUUGCCUCAUGUCCUGAUCUUGGACCGGAUGAUGUGGACGCUAUCGUUCAGUCUUCUCAGGCUGGGUUUGAAAAGUAUCGGGAUGUAAACCCUCGGAUUCGUGCCCAAUUAUUGCUGAAAUGGCAUGAACUCAUCAGGGAGAAUCGCGAUGAUAUUGCCACUAUCCUGACUUACGAGACGGGAAAACCACUUGCAGAAGCAUAUGGUGAAAUUGACUAUGCCACUGGCUUCACCUGGUGGUUUGCGGGGGAAGCCGAGCGUAUUCGUGGUGACAUUAGUACUCCAGCUGCACCAAACCGGAGAGUCCUGGUCAUCAAGCAGCCCAUUGGAGUAUGCGUCGCACUGGUUCCUUGGAACUUCCCUAUUGCUAUGAUUCUUCGAAAGGUCGGCGCGGCUCUUGCUGCCGGGUGCACAAUGAUCGCCAAACCCUCACCAGAAACCCCAUUAACCACCCUUGUUCUCGCAUAUCUUGCUAAGAAGGCCGGCUUUGACAAGGGUGUUUUCAAUGUGGUUACAACCUCAAACAAAAACACACCCGCGGUCUCUGAAGCGCUCUGCAAGCAUUCGUUGGUUCAUAAGGUUUCAUUUACUGGAUCCACCAACGUUGGCAGUAUUAUUGCCGGCCAUUGCUCUGUUGGAUUGAAGAAAGUCACACUUGAGCUUGGUGGUAACUGCCCAUUUAUUAUCUUUGACGAUGCAAAUCAGGACCAAGCGCUUGCCCAACUUCAUACGCUUAAAUGGCGCCAUGCUGGGCAGGCAUGCGUCACUGCCAAUCGUAUAUAUGUGCAAGAAGGAAUUUAUGAAGAGAUCUUGGCCAAGAUGGUUGCUCACGCAGAGAGCUUACGUGUGGGUCAUGGUGGAGGAUCCGUGGAUAUGGGACCUCUGACCACUUCAAGAAGUGUUGAAAAGGCCAUCCGGCAAGUCAAAGAUGCGGUCCAACGCGGCGCAAAGGUUGUACAUGGUGGAAACCCUGGUGUCGAUGGUGGAUAUUUCUUUGAUCCGACUAUCCUACGUGAUAUGGAUGGAACCAUGAGUAUCACCCACGAGGAGAGCUUUGCUCCAAUCGCAGCUGUCUACAAGUUCAAGACGGAAGCUGAAGUUUUGAAGCUUGCCAACGAUACUGAAAUGGGACUUGCGAGCUAUGUGUUUACGAAAAACAUUGAUCGCACGUGGCGCAUGAUGGACAAGUUGGAAGCAGGAAUGAUUGGUGUCAACACCGGAAAUUCCUCUGCCGCAGAGACACCUUUUGGCGGAAUGAAAAUGUCCGGAUAUGGUAAAGAGUCUGGUAAGGAUGUCGCAGUUGCGGAAUAUCUUGUCUCUAAGACGUGUACUAUGACUAUUGAGGAUGUGUCUGAGUAA